CGGUCCCCUUCCAGCUCCCCCGUCAUUCCAUCUUCCUCUCACAAUAAAUCACCACAAUUCUACACGGUUUACCCCGUGCUGGAAGAAAACAAUAUUGUUAUCUGAUCGUGCUCGGUGAUUGAUUGGAGACAAGCAUGAGUGGUCCCGGCGAAGAGCGCAGUAACUGGCGCGGAGGUCGCCCGUACGAGCAGAACCGCCACGCCGCCCAGAGACAUUCCUCCUCCCGAACAAUGAGCGCCCAUGGCAGCUCGCGAGGAGGGCCGAACACAUGGAACGAUUCCUCGCGCGAACAGCCUCCUCCUCCUUCUCCUGCCCCCUCUGGACCUCGGCAGGAACAGCACGUCCCCGUGCGAAACUUCAAUGCUACAGAGUCGAAGGCGGCUCUCAGGAGAGGCCCCGGAGAACCGAGACCCUUCUUCUAUAAACCGCAAGGCAAGGACACGAACAACAACCGGGCUAGCGGACCCUGGGGUGCUAAACCGAAUCAAAUGGCCAACGGCAAGGAUUUCUUCCUCGAGCUUCGGAAACAAGUGACGGCUCUCCGCCAGGGCAAUCCUGUUGCAGGUGGAUGAGUUUCUUUCUGUCAAAUUCGUUCCGCCGAGGAGAAAUCCUGUUCGGGGGUGUAGCCACAGGGACGCCCCUUGUAUAAAAGCCACCGAAUGCUUAAUCCACACUAAGAGACGGGGGUGUAAACUUAAAUGUGGUGGGAGAGAACACUCGAAUCCUGCUCUUCAUGUCUAUAUGUGAGGAGAAGUGCUAAAUUCCUCUCGAGCCACUGCGCGAGAUGACUUGGCACCGUUGAGACUUGCCAGUCUGGAACAAUUGCAAGCUGGGAUGAACAGUGGCGGCCCGGCAAACGAUCGUUUCCAUGAUGCCCCAUGCAAGGCCUGUAGGAAGCGGAAAAAAGCAUUAGUUCUGUUAUGAAACCAGGCAAUGCAUUCAGCUGUGAAUCACUCUCAACUUUAUUCAUCCAAUCAUGAUGCAAAGACUUCUUUUUUCCCAUGGCAUGGCUGUAUCAAUGGUCUGGAAUCAUGAUGAUACCCAAUCAGG